ACAUUUAAUAAACGUCACUUAGACGCUGAUUUUCAUUACACUGGUACGUUUCAUUCCUUUGACUUUACAAAUCACACUUGUCUGGUAUAUUAUGUUUACCGCGUUCACUUUUUUAGUGAUAAAAUGCAUUACCUCACUUCAUUUUCUCUAAUUAUGGGUAUCGUUGGUGCUUUGAUAGUAAGGAGUGAUUGCCAAUGUAGCUGCACUGAUAUAGAAGUUAUUAAACAUCUUCUACAAGAAAUGUUCGAAAUAAAACAAGAAGUAUACAAACUACGUUCAGAAACAGACUCAAUCAAAGUUUCAUGCCCGGACGUCAAAUGGAAACAAUAUGGAAACAAGUGUUAUCGAUUUAUCAAAGAUCCUAACACAUGGUCUGACGCCAAAGAGAAAUGCAGAUUGAUCAGCGGCGACCUUGUUAGAAUAGAAAGCAAAGAAGAGAAUGAUUUUAUAGUGGCUAAUAUCAAGGGAAGUACAUCUGGUUUUUGGAUUGGACUGGAUGACACGCAGAAGGAAAAUAACUGGCAAUGGAGUUCAUCAGAAGGAACACAAAGUCUUGGAAAAUUUUCAAAUUGGGCACCUGGCGAGCCUAACAAUGACAGAGGGGAUGAGGAUUGUGGCGAGAUAUUUGCAAAAAUGUCUAAAAUAGGAAAAUGGAAUGAUGCGCCAUGUUCGACAAAGCUUCCAUAUAUUUGUGAAAUAGUGAAACUGCUUUGAAUUGUGUUCAUUAAGUCUAUUCUUUUACAACAUUCAAUUGUUAAAUAGUAUAUUGUUUAAGCAUGGGUUAUGAUAUAUUGGAUUAAUAAAUACAACUUUAGAUUAUAAAAAUACAAAAUAAUGGCUACACUUCCCUUAAUUUGUUUAUCAUUUUAUGAUGUGAGAUAGAUGUAUAAGUGACCUAAUGAUGACGGUAGUUGAUUUUGAUUUACAGUUUUUUUCACCGCUGUAGGUUCAAAUUAUAUAAACAUAUGGUGUAAAGUGGUCCUUUCACCACUGAAUGAUCUGAGCUCCUCGGAUGGCUUUAUGGCAUUGCUUGCGUGAACGGUGUUAGAACAUUAACGAGUUUUUGUCAUAUAUUUAAAGGUUCUAAAAUCACAGUGAAAUGAUGGUGUGUGUGCGCGAGUGUGUGCGUGUGCUUGUUUGUCAUAAAAUUUCGAAAAAUGUCGUGUAAAUAGAGUUCAUAUACAUGUAAAUAGUUUUCUGAAAUGUUAUGGAAAUCAGAUAGAAGAAAUAAAAGAGUACAUACUUUCAUACAUUAUGAGAGUAAACUUUACAUUAUUGCGACAAUCUUCAUUUAGAUUGUUUAAAUCUGA